AUGACUGUCAAUGUCCUUAUCGUCGGCGCAGGCGCAGUUGGUGCAUUCUAUGGAUCUCGAAUUGCUCAAGUCCAAGAUACCCAGGUUUCCGUUAUUUGCCGAUCAAACUACCAAGCUGUCGUCGCCAAUGGCUUCAAUGUCACGUCACCAAAAUUUGGGGAAUACAAAUUUAUCCCACAUCAAACAUUUUCCAAUCCCCAAGAAGCACGAAAGUCAGAUAAAUAUUGGGAUUUCAUUGUCGUAAGCACGAAGGCACUUCCAGAUGUUUGCGAUGAUUCCAAGAUUCUUGAAGGCCUUGUAAAAACAGGUCAUACAUCUGUCGUGUUGAUCCAAAAUGGUCUUGGUGUCGAGGAACCAUAUUCGAAAAGGUUCCCGGAGUGUACCAUCUUAAGUGCUGUCACUAUUGUAAGCGCCGAACAGUCUUCCCCGGGUAUAAUUAAGCAUAAUAGAUGGACAAGAAUAAGCAUUGGUCCAUAUUUGCCCGGAGUUACUGAAUCAACGAAACUGAAUGAUGAAGAAAAGAUUGCUGUUAAUCGAAACAGCACAUUUGUGAAGUUGUUACAGGCGGGAGGGAUCUCCGACGCCCAGGAGUACUCGCAUUGGAAGCUCCAAAUGGUUAGAUGGCACAAAAUUGCCAUCAAUGCAAGUAUGAACCCCUCCGCUGUCCUUUCAGCCGGGAGCACAAAUAAUGAAAUGUCACUCGAUCCGGAGCUUUACAUUCAUUUGAAAGGUGUUAUGGACGAAGUGUUGGAAACAGCUCCAAAGAUAUUGGGUACGAAACUACCGGAGGAAUUCGCAACCUCCGAGCAGCUGCUGAAGAGCACACAAAAAAAUACGAGCGGGAGUAAACCGAGCAUGCUGCUGGAUUGGGAGCAAGGGAAGACUAUGGAGCUUGAAGUCAUCAUGGGAAAUCCAAUUCGAAUCGCAAGGAGCCAUGGGCUAGAAAUGCCGAGACUACAAACACUAUAUGCAUUGCUGAGGAAAGCCCAGGAGAACGAGAUGAAAUCGAGAGCGGGGAGUAAGCUUUGA